AUGAAUUUAAAAGAUGAAUAAUUUAAUGAAGAAAUCUGUGUGAAGAUCAAGACUUUGGAUAAUCAUACUUUAGAUGUUCGAAUUAAAUAAAGCCAAACAGUGAAUGAACUGAAAAAUUUAAUUGAAAUAGUCUCAAGCAUUCCAUCUUCGAGACAGAGAUUAUUGUUUAAGGGAAGAUAACUCAGUAAUGAGGAUACUUUGAUUUCUUUGAACAUUGAAGAUUAAUGCGUUGUUCAUUUGGUUGCCAAUAUGCCUGAAUUUGAAUCAUCCCCUUUAAAUAGAGGUUUAUCUACCAGUUCAAUUGAUGAGCAUGACAAUCGGAAUAGUUUCGAUAUACAGGAGAACAGAAGAAACUCUAGGAAAAAGGUUCUCUAGUAAAGAUUACAUGGAUUUCAAUAACUACCAACUAGGAAUUCUUUGCAGUAGAAUGUUAUGACAUUGCAUAAUCUUUUAUAAUCAUUCAACACAGUAGCCGAAGCCAUUGAACAAGGAUAAAUAUUUGCCUAGAAAGACUUUGAACUCGGUUAAUGGAUCGAUUUCAAGGAUGUUAACGGAGAAUGGAUUGAAGGUCAUGUGGGAUAAAAAUAAUAGAAUCAGGUUUUAAUUAUUCAUCAGAAUGGAGAGGAAUGGAUAGGAGUUCCAUCGAAUAGAUUGGCGUUAUUCAGAUCUCACACUAUACAAAAGACAUAUCACAUGUCUCCCAUCUUAAAUAAUCACGAAUAACAACAGUUAUGGACGUUUAGUGAACUGCUCGGUCAAACGGCUAUGUUGUUAUCUAGAGCUGGCAACAUGAUGUCGAGAUUGGCUGAUAGUGUGGAAGACAAGUCGAUCCCAUAAAACAAAAAGGCUGAUAUGUCUAAUCUUAUAACUGGAAUGAUUGAGGAACAAAGAAGAAUCCAGGAAGAAAAAGUGGAGAGGUAGGAUGAUGUUACAUCUCUUAAAUCUAUGAAGUCCAUGAAAUCAGAUAAGAUUUCUAUUGAUUAUGAAACAUCCUCGAUUAAAUCUAUGAAAUCUGAUAUCUCCAAAUUAACUACGUAUUUUGUUGGCCAUAAUCAUAAUACAAUGAUGGCUGAAAAUAUUGCAGAGGAAGAGGAGAACAGUAGUCAAGACAUGUCAGUUGAUAAUCAAAGGGAUGCUCCCAACAUUUCCAAAGAAUUUAAGGAAAAUUAUGUUUAUUAUGAGACUUCUUUGUUGGCUGCCUAAUUAGCCCCUCUAGCUGAUCGACUAGGGAGAUUAUUAGUUGAUUUAUCCCCAUAUCUUGCAUUGAGUGGAGCCAAUAUAAACAAUAUCUUUCAAAAUCAUCCUAAUUCCAAUAUAUCCAAUUUAUCCAUUAUCACUAAUGAAGGCAGUCAGUAUUCAACUUAAGCUAAGCAAUAUUAUUUUUAAGUCCCUAUUUUGUUAACUCCUUAUGAAUUGCAUACACAAUCAUAGUAUGGAGUAUCAGCCAAUAGAAUUGUAGGAGAUAAUGUAGACAUCCUGAAUCACUUAAACAACAAUAAUGGAAAUCCAAGGCAAAAAAAAAGCACAAAAAAAGAGGAAGAAGAAAAGCAAUAGUUUGUGUCAUUAUCUAAAUAUAAACCAACAUAAUAAUCAUAUCAUUAAUAAUACUAACAGUAAUAAUAACAAUAACAAUAAUAAUUCCAAUAAUAUCAAUAAAUGAAAGAAUCAAAUCUUUAAAACACAGAAUAAGAUGAUACCUAAUAUAUAUAAUAGUAUUAAUAAUAAAAGAAAUAAUCUGCUGAUGAAUAAAUUAAAAAGAAAAAGAAAGGUAAAGAAGUAUCAUUUUCAGAAUAAAUUAAUCAACUAAAAAAAGACAAAUAAUUUUGA